AUGGCGACGCCUGCUCCCUCUUCAACACCAGAAUCUGCGCCCGCGCAGCAGCAACAAAAACAAAAACAAGCACCACCACCCAAGUCCGAAAUGCAAGCCCAGCAACAACAACCACAACCGCCCCGCGAUCCUAAGGGAGCCGCGAACGGCGCAUCAAAACCCGCCAAACAGCCCACGAAAUCGAAAGAGGCCGCGUCCUCGACCGAGGGCACCGCCCAGGCCGGCGCCGGGGCCGAGAAACUCUCCCCCGCCGAACUGAAGAAGCGAGCCAAGGCCGAGAAAACCGCCCGCAGGGCGAAAGAGAGGGCGGAGCGCGAGCAGACCGGCGGUGCAGCGCCGGCUCAGGGCCCCAGUACCCCUGCCCGGAAGGGUCAGCCUGGUGCUGGUGGCAGUGGCGCGGGAGCAAAGGACUCGGCGGCCGCGCAGGCGCAGAAGGGAUCGAAACAUCUGCCGCGUCGCGGGUCUGGGCAGGCGGGCGGGGCUGCGGAGAAGAAGAAGAAGCAGGAGGAUAAGAGCGUGGCUGUGUUCGGGCACUUGUAUGGACAGCAGCGGCGGACAACGGUUGCCGGGGCUGGGAAGGAGGUGCAUCCCGCUGUGUUGGCUUUGGGGUUGCAGAUGAGGGAUUAUGUGAUUUGUGGGAGCAGUGCGCGGUGUGUUGCAACGUUGCUUGCGUUCAAGCGGGUCAUCGAGUCCUACACAACCCCCUUGGGCACCUCUCUGGCUCGUCACUUGACUACCCACCUGUCCCAUCAAAUCACCUAUCUUUCUACGUGUCGUCCUCUAUCGAUCAGCCAGGGAAACGCUAUCCGUGCGCUGAAGCUGGCCAUCUCCUCGAUCGAUCCGUCCAUCCCAGAGCCGAGUGCCAAGGCGUCAUUGAGCGACUUCAUUGACAACUUCAUCCGCGAGAAGAUUACGGUUGCGGACCAGGUCAUUGCUGAAAGCGCCGCACAGAAGAUCCAAGAUGGCGAUGUGAUUGUGACCUAUGCGGGCAGCUCAAUUGUCAAACAAACCCUUCUUACCGCACACAAACAGGGAAAGAACUUCCGGGUAUCGAUCAUCGAUUCUCGUCCGCUGUUUGAAGGCAAGAACAUGGCGCGGACAUUGGCCAAAGCCGGCCUGGACAUCCAGUACUCGCUGAUCAACGGCACCAGCCAUGCCAUCAAGGAUGCCACCAAGGUGUUCCUCGGAGCUCACGCCAUGACCAGCAAUGGCCGGCUGUACUCUCGCGUCGGCACGGCGCUGGUCGCCAUGUCGGCGAAAGAGCGUGCAGGCGGCGUGGAGGUCCCCGUCAUCGUAUGUUGCGAGAGCGUCAAGUUCACAGACCGGGUUGCUCUGGACAGCAUCGUGGUCAACGAGAUUGCCGAAGCGGACGAACUGGUGACGGCCCAGCCGUUGCAGCAGGUAACAGAUCUGCCCGAUCCUGCCGCCGCCUCUCAGCCGGAGCCUAAGAAGGGUGGUAAACCUGCUGCCGCCCCCAUCCCUUCCGAGUCCAAUGCCGUCUCUCAGGGUGACUCGCCUCUGAAGAACUGGAGAGAUACCCCCAACCUGCAGCUUCUGAACAUCAUGUACGAUGUGACACCGGCCGAGUAUGUUGACAUGGUUGUCACCGAGAUGGGCAGUCUUCCCCCCAGCGCUGUUCCCAUCGUUCACCGGAUGAGUACGAACAUGUGA